ACCCUUUCUGCGCGCAGCACGCCUGAACCCCGCGGACCGGAUCGGCGGCGGCGGCGGCCAAGCCAGGGAGGCGGAGGCGGGACGCGGGAGGCGGUGGCGGCGGUGCGCGGAGACGUAGCAGCGGCAGCAUGUCGGCCGGCGGAGCGGCAGUCCCGCCGCCCCCGAACCCUGCCGUGUCCUUCCCGGCGCCCCGGGUCACCCUGCCCGCUGGCCCGGACAUCCUGAGGACCUACUCGGGAGCUUUCGUCUGCCUGGAGAUUGUACUUGGGGGACUUGUCUGGAUUUUGGUUGCUUCCUCCAAUGUUCCACUACCUCUGCUACAAGGAUGGGUCAUGUUUGUGUCUGUGACAGCUUUCUUCUUUUCGUUUCUCUUCCUGGGUUUGUUCCUCUCUGGUAUGGUGACUCAGAUUGAUGCCAACUGGAACUUCCUGGAUUUUGCCUAUCAUUUUGUAGUCUUUGUCUUCUACUUUGGAGCCUUUUUAUUGGAAGCAGCAGCCACCUCCCUGCAUGACCUGCAGUGCAACACAACCAUGACUGUGAAGCCACUCCUGAACGAUAACCAGUACAACAUCAAUGUGGCCGCCACAGUUUUUGCCUUUAUGACAACGGCUUGUUAUGGUUGCAGUUUGUGUCUGGCUUUGCGAAGAUGGCGACCGUAACACUCCUUGGAAACCGACAGUUGUGUGCUGGUUUCAUUUGUCUGCUUUAUAUGUCUGAACACUUGGGUACCAUUUGUCCCAAUAUAACAUUCCAAACAUCGUUUGCUUAGUACAGAGAGAGCCUCAGUGAAAGCUGUGGUUUGUUACAUGGGUGGGAUUUUCAUUUUAUUCUGAUGUUAGAGAAGUAUCCUUUCAUUUUUCAUCUCUCUUAUUUUAAAUACAUUUCUCUUAUAUAAUUUUAAAAUACACAGACACUGUUCACAAAACAAUUGUAUUCCCUUUUUUUAUUAUUUUGAUUAGGUCACCUGAACUUUAAUAAUAGUAAAUAACUAAAACAAUACAUCUCAAGCAGGCUUCUCAUUUAAUUCUAUCUUUAAUAUAAAACAGGAAAUGAUACAAUUUUUUUUUUUUUUUACAAAAAGGCUAAGUAGCAUCUAUGUAGGCUUUAAUAGGCCUUAUAGCUUCUGUGGCAAUUGUUCCAUCCUAUAGUAACAUAAAAGCAGCUAUAAAUGACAUGUAAAUAAAUGUCUAUAUCCUAAUAAAGUUUUAUUUACAAAAAGGGAGCAAGACUGGAUGUGGUCUAUAGACCACACUUUUAUCAACUACUGCCAUAAAAACCUUAGGUGUUCUGCAUUCUAUUGAAAUAAUCAUGAGAGUUUAUCAACUCCAUUAGACAAGCCACAUAACAUAUUUUGUUUCAUUAUGCAGCAAUCACAUUGUCUUUGUUGAAUAAUCAAAUAUUACCCUUGGAAGGGCAUAUAGUUUCCCAAGCUAACCCCAGCAGAGCCUUGUAAGUAGAGCAAAAUAAGGUAGGAAAUAAACUCCAAAAUAAUGAUCUCCUAAGAGCUCAGCAAAACACUCACAUGAGAGUGCUUAAGACAUGAUUUUCAGAAGUAAUUAAUCACUACUGGAUCUAGUAUCUUGCUACUGUCUUACUUUUUUAUUUAUGCCAUAGAGUGUGGUGGUUUGCCCUGUGCAUGAAUAUAUAAAUAUUUAUGUAUGUAAAGCUCUUCCAAAUAGCUCUCUGAAGAGUUGGGUUUUUAACUUCUGAUUGUUUUUGCAUCGCUUUCUGACCUAAAUUUGAGUAAUGGAUUAACAAUAACAUAUAAAGCUAUAGAUUCUUACAUGGUUUGAUAAUUGCCCAGAUAUCUAUGUUGUUUUUACAUUGGUGUCAGACAAGCAAAGGAAGUUUAACACAACAGCUAACACAAAAACUAGACCUGGCUGAACAGACCAGAAAACAAUCCUAGUCCACCAGUAUGUGUCAUGGGCUUGGCCGUGUACCACGAGUGGCCACAGGCCCCACCGCCUUCUUAUACAGGUGAUUUCCAGAUUGUUUUAGCAGAGCUGCCUCCAGAAAUGGAGGCUUUAGAAUUGCUUUCUAGGUGGCCCAUCACCUAUGAGUGCCAUGCAUGGUUGGGGUAUUAGACUCCCUGGAGCAUAGUGAACACAUGGAUGAACAGCAUGACCAAUACCCAAUGAUAAAGUGCUGCUUAUCUAAUGCUCCUCCAGAAGGAGAACCAACUGAGAGCUCAGUUUGUACUACAGCUGACGAAGAGAUGUACUUCUAUAUGUAACUUGAAGAAAUCAGUCUUACGGCCUUACACUCAUGUCUUAUUCCUUUCUAAAAUGCCAGACCUCCUUCAUGUUUUUCCAGCUCCAGACCACACACCUAAAAUCGGUAUUGUGAAUUAUAUACUAUGAAGUCACAAAUGUGCCAUAAAGAUAUAUUGUACAUUGUACUCAGAAUCACUAAAAUGUAGGACACUAGAAUUUAGUUGAGACAUUAUUUUCCCCCAAGGUGUAACAGGCCAUGCUCCGUGCGUUAUUAAUGCAAAUGAAUUCAUUCAGAUGUAUUGGUGUUACUUUUGUAAAUGGAUUGCUUCUAGAUUAGCAAGGACCAAACCCAAAGCUGACUAACUGUGAAGACUUAGGUCUGUAGAUUAAUUGCAUUCUAGAUUUGUGAGUGACAAAGCACUUGAACAAACAAGAUGGCGUUUAAAGAAUCUCUUUAUGUAUCCUAGCUGUAAAAGCAAAAAAAAAAGUGUUGGUUGGUCUUAAAAUCUGAUAAAUUUAUUUUAUAAGUGUUACGACUCUAAUAAAGUAUUCAUUUGAUAACCUUUUGGAUCA